UUUCCCUUUGCUGAAAGCUGUGCGCUAGAGGAAGCCACAGAAGCUGCCGCGACAGGGGAUAUUUGAUGGCUGACUCACUUCAGUAUUUCCUUGAUGGGACUUAGUUCUGUCAAAAGCACUGCUCAUGGACAGGAACUCAUUCAUUUCAGUCUGAGACUGAGAGUGGAGCGAAGCGGAGGGCAGAGCAGCUACUCAGGAGAUUGAUCAGAGUGCGUCGUCCUUGUAAUUCAGCUUGUGUCUCGGCCAGUGGGACUAGAUUGAAUACCACCCUGUUAGUGGGACGAUGAGGCAACUAGGAGACAACUCCAGUGGGCUUGAUGUGAACAGCACCUCCUGUGAGAUCCAUGACAGCAUCCUCUCUCCUGCCUUACCAAUUCUCUACUCAAUAAUCUUCUUCUUCGGCCUGGUCAGCAACAUCAUGACCAUAUUUGUGUUCUUCCUGAGGAAACACUCUGACUCGUCCAUGGCUGUGUACAUGAACCACCUGGCCAUGGCUGACAUCCUGCUGGUGAUGUGUCUUCCCCUGCGGGUCUACUACCACAACAGCCCAGGCCCCUUUUAUCUCUGCAAGGUACUGGGCGUCUUCUUCUACGUCAACAUGUAUGCCAGCAUCCUGUUCCUCAGCCUGAUCAGUCUGGAUCGCUACCUGAAGAUCAUCAAGCCUGUGUGGGUCCUGAGAAUCCACAAGGUGCGGUGGAGCCACCGGGCGUCCUUCUCCGUGUGGGCAGGUCUGGUCCUGGCCAUGUCUUUUUUUUCCCUAAGGAAAGACAAGGAGGGCCCCUGUGACAGGAUCUGCUUCCACUUCCACCACAAAGGACUCCUGGGGGGCAUGGCCAACCUCACCGUGGUGGCCUUCUUUUAUGCCAUCUUCCUCCUCUUUAUCUGCUUCUACGCUCGGAUAACCACCAAGCUGAGGAACAUGUCCUUAGGCAAUCGGGACCCCAAGGCCCAGCGGAGGAAGAGCAGGGUGAUCCUGAAGACCUUUGUGGUGCCGGUAAUCUUCACGCUCUGCUUCCUGCCAUACCACCUGGUGAGAGUGCCCUAUGUGCUAGCCCAGGUGGAUGUGAUCCAGGCCCUGGGCAGUAAGCAGAUUCUCCACAUCCUCAACGAGCUCACUCUGCUCCUGUCUGCCCUCAACAGCUGUCUGGACCCCAUCAUCUACUACUUCCUGUCCUGUACCUACAGGAGGACCAUCCUCUGUGCCCUGCAGGGGCAGUUCAAGACCAUGUACGCUGUUAACCGCAGACGCAUCAGUAUUAACCGAUCUAUUACAGAGAUAUAGAGCUACAGUAUCUAAGGCAGGGACAUUUUGCACAAAUUCAUUUGGAUAAUGGACAGUAAACAAAGUUGGAUUAACUGAAAAAGAUAAUGUAUAAUACGUGUUAAUACUGUUAAUACUAUUGACUCUAUAAAAUAAGUAUAGAAGGAUAUUAUUAAAUGUACAUUAUGAAAUGUGUAUAUAUAUAUAUAUAAAUAUGAACUCUUGUUAUCAAGUUCUUACUGGACUUUGUAUAAAUGUUGGUCCAGUAAGAAUGUUUAUAUAUUUUUUUUAUGAGAAUUUUUGCAUUAUUUUUUGUUUGAGUAUGUUACUCACACUUAUGGAGGGUGACCUUAUGUUCUCAUGGUUAAAAGGGCAAUAUACAACAUGACCUUUUAAAUGUCUUACGCACAAGGAUUCCCCAAGAUGAGUAUGCUGUUUCAUUUCAAGUAAAUGACCUACUUACUCACCCUAUGAUUUUCCGACCCUAUGCUGUCGGAAAAUGUAUUCAUUAAAUGAAGUACACUGACAAAGGCUUGUGCCAGUCUUGUGCGCUUUUUAAAAUAAUGUUUUUUUCUGACAUGGGAUCAGUACAUAUAUAUUUUCACACGAUAGAGAGCCAUGAAGUUUAUAUGUGGAGGUAUUUGUCUUUUACAAUUGCAUUAGUUAAGUUCACCAACAUUGCUUUCAUUUGAAGAGUUUCUUUCCAAAACUCUCUAUCCACCAAUUUCUCACAUUUGUGUUUUUUCAUCAGAAUGAUUGCUUAGGGGUACCUUCAUGUCUGUGUAAAAUAUUACCGUUCUCAGAUUUUUUGUAUGUAUGAAAACGUUUUUUUUCUUCUCCCAAAACGCUAUAUAUCCAUUGUUUAGCUGUAAUGGAAUGUUUGUAUCAUGUAUAUUUGAUUGUCAGCAUACUCAAUGUAAUUUUACAUUCUAGUAAUUUAGCAGAUGCUCUUCUCCAAAGCGACUUACAAUGAGUGCAUUCAUCUUAAGACAGCUAGGUGAGACAACAACACAUCACAAUCGUAUCAAGUACAUUUUCCCUCAACAAAUAUUUAUCAUCAAAGUCAGUGCUAGUGGGAAAAGAGAAGGAAGAAGAAACGUUUUACAUACAGAUCUCAUAGUAUUGUAUUUCAUCAUUUAAUGUUGAUGGCACAAAUGUAUAAUUUGUAUAUUUCUUUAAAAAAAGUUGUUAUUUGUUACAUUUGACUGUGUAAAACCUAGCAGUACUACUUAUUUCUCUGACAGUGAGGUAGACAUAUAGCAUUUUUCUAUUAUGAUUAUUUGUCUCUCUGAAAUGGAACCAUCAAGUGACAGAUUUAAAACAAAUACAUAUCUGUCAUUGAACAACCCCAUGUAAUGAUUAGAUAGGGAAAAAACACACCAAUCUCUUUCAGAAUUUCUUUAAACAAUAAAAGCUAAUUUACCAACAGUCCUGAAAAUGGCUAUAUAGUGUUUUGGAAUUAAACUUAAUUUCAUGUUCAUGACAGAUUAUCUCCUCAGAAAACACUUUGAGAUUCUGUAAUUAUUAUGGAAUCAUUGUUCUCUUGCUUUCAAAACAUUUAUAUUAAAGUACAUUGAUAUUAAAUGA